GCUAAAUAGUCCGUUUCUAUUAGCAAGUAAAAUGACACCAAGAGUUUUUGUAGCAGGAACAGAUACAGAUAUCGGAAAGACCUUCAUCUCUGCACUAACAGUCAAAAAAUGGGAGUUCGAUUAUUGGAAACCAAUACAAACCGGUUUAAGCGAAGAUCAAGGAGACACAAAAACUGUUAAACAACUACUUCGUGAAAGCGGAGGUAUUCCAAGAACAAGCAACAUUUUUGAGCCAACUUUGACCUACAUGAAACCCUUAAGUCCAUGGAGGUGUACUGUUUUAGAAAAGCAGAGCAGCAUUAAUGUGGAGAGUAUAGAAAUACCUGUUUCUGAGAAUGAAAGGGCACUGAAUGGUAUGAUCAUUGAAGGAGCUGGUGGUUUAUUAGUUCCUAUUAGCAAAAAUAGCUUUACUACAGAUUUGAUAAGAAAGUUAGAUGCAUCCGUUAUUUUAGUUGCAAGAUCGGAGCUUGGUACGUUGAACCAUACACUGAUGUCUCUAGAGAUCUUGAAACAAAACAAGAUUCCAGUUAUCGGUGUGAUCCUCAACGGUGCUUUGAACGGAGACAAUGCAGCGGCACUAUCUGAGUUGGGAGUCAGGAUAAUUGCACAAGUGCCAAUCGUGAAGUCAUUGGAUGAAGCAAUUGAUUACAUCCCUACAAUUGAUCUGUUGACUCAGGCUUAACGCCAUCAUAGAUGUGCCUAAGUCGAUAUUUUCUGCGAUAGCAACGGUAAGCUAAAUUUCAGUCCUUGCUAUAUCUCAUGGUAUCGAUCGAUCUUCGCUUACUUUAUGUAAAUCUGACUUUUGUAAAGGUAUAUCCAAUAUGAAUUAGCUCCACCCAU